CGCAAUCUCUCUAUCAGGUAUGCCUGGCAACGAGCCACUCUGAACCUUGCAUUAGUUCCUUGCGAUUGCGAGCUCGUGUUCGCAAAAGAACGUUCUGGACUAGUGGCAACCCCACACCCAAUAGAAGUAAUAUCUCCCUAUCGAUCUUUAUUUUAUGUGGGCGUGUAGGAGUACCUAAGGUACAAGGGAAUACAGCCUGAUCAGUUGUGGAACGAUCGACAUGGAGGACAAGCAAAGUGAAUGUCAUGCGGACGAGAUUCCCAGAGGAGAAAGAGGAAGCGGUCUCGAAAGCUUGUCACCUGUGUACGCUGACGAGGGAGAAGUCAACUUGCAAGACGUCAGCAUACCCGAACAUUAUUCUCAUGAUGACAUCUGGUACAAGAUGGACAAUCUGAACGCAGGAAAAAAGUGUGGAAUAUGUGCCAUCAUAAAAGUUAAGAGUCCUGACACGCAAGAACAAUCGGGAGCUGAAGCAGACGCCAAGACCAUAGAAAGUGUAUUUGGUGGCGUCAUUGGCUUUGACGUUAAAGUUUACCACGCUUCCACACCAGCAGAUAUCCGCGAAAAGCUCAAAACGUGUAAAGACGAUAUUGAGAAGGAUUCGUCGAGAGCAUCAGAUUGCUUCGCCUGCUUUGUCCUGGGUCACGGCAAGGAAGAUAUCACGUUCCCUUUCGGCGGCGAACUGAUUGACCUGGAAUACAUCUACGAACAGUUCAGUAACAAAGUCUGCACGAAGCUUCUUGGGAAACCCAAAUUGUUCUUCUUACACACGUUACGUGGCUGGAAACAGGGAGGCGAACAUCACUUUGCUGACGGUCCGAGCAAGACUACAAGUGUGCCUUCACGUGCUGAUUUCUUUACAUUCGAGAGUACCUCCGCAGGUUAUCUUUCGUCUCCGGGUUCAGUUCGUGGUUCUUUAUUCGUCCAGGCGCUCUGUCAAGUCAUCAAAAGAGACUACCUUACCAAGAAUUUCCAAGAAAUGAUGACACUGGUCAAGUAUUAUGUAGCACGGGAAAAGAAACCGGAUGAGACACUGUACAGACACUCCACGCUCACGAAGAAUAUUCGGUUUGCAGCUGAAGAGAUCGACGUGGACGACGAACCCACAUCAUCGCACCCAAGUACUGUUGUGAACAGACAACUGAUAGAUGAGAUCGACGUAGACGACGAACCCACAUCCUCGCACCAAAGUACUGUUGUGAACAGACAACUGAUAGAUGUGCGGCCACCAAGUCCGCGUAUUGAAGAUAACCGAAACAACCCUAUUGCGGAUAAGAACCUGGAGGUUGUGUCACAUACAGAGAUAAAAUGGAGGCCGAAAGGAAUAAGAAAGUUGGUGAAACUUGGUGAAGUCGGAGGAAAUUACGGAAUAGUCAGUACAAGGUUCAUGUUGAAAGGUUACACCUUCGAGCUAGAGGUUACUGCCGAGGACGAGGAUGGAAAGCCGCAUCUGGCGGUUACGCUAAGCCUGUGCCGCGGUCGCAAUGACGAUAAGCUGGAAUGGCCAUUCAGUACGCCGUACACGAUAACCCUCUGCCACCCUCAUGACGAAGACUAUACCAUCCCGGUAUCUGCUGGAUUCGGCACCCAUACCCGUCCUUCCUAUGUGAGACCACAGGAUGACAGUAAUCCUGGUGUUUCUUUCUCCCUCAUACCGCUUGAAUCAUUUCAACAGCGCCACUAUAUAAUCGACGAUGCCCUUUGCUUGUCAUUGAGCUUGCACGCUUCAGUUCAAUAAUACACUAUACGCUAAUGCGUCAAAAACCCUCUAUAUGAUAUGCUGAGUACGACACUUUCAUUGUAAUAUUUUCCAAUGUCGCAGAACGCACUUGUGGUCUGUGCUACACCAGUGUUGUAGACAUAUAGAAACACACAAACAGAACACAUUUGGGUAAUCCACAAUGACGGUACAUGGGCCACUGAUGUAAAGGCAGGCAGUAGGGUUCGGAAUCCCGAGCCGUUUCACAUUCCCGGGAUUUCGAAAUUUCGAAAUGUGGAUCCCGGAAUCCCGGGACGGGAUCGGGAUUUUUUUCGAAACUAUACCCAGGAUGCCGUAUAUGACCGCAUCCACUUGCACUUGAUAUCCGUAUCCACUUGAUAUAGUUCACGUCUCCUGUCAUCCCCACGGAACAUUCGAAAGGAAAAAAGCUGAAAAAAAAAACUGCUCAAUGGGGCAACCCUGCGUAUUACAUUGAGUAUUCGCACCGUGCCGCGACAAACGAAAGCAGAUGUCCGUCUUCCUUCCCUUUAUCAAAUUCCUUGAAAGUACCGGCCUGAUGGACUCCCUCUAAGACCCCGUCAGCGCCGUCAGCAUCAUCCUCAUCACCAUCCUCUCAUUUUCCCCCAAUAGCAAUGGGGUAUCAUUCUGCUCAAUGAGCGGAAGUCAUCCCCAUAUCAUCGUCAUCAUGUAUCUCCCUCUCUCUCCCUCGCACCGUGCCUGCAUGUCAACUGAAAUGCCGCAAUGAAAUCCGUCUCUUCUUGUCGUCUGCUACGCAAUACCUUCUGGCUGCGUCCAGGAUAUUUCCCGCAGUUAGUAGUGCACGAGAAUUCUAGUUACGCAGCCGCAAAAAUGAAUGACGUAUUUCGCAUCAUUCGCUCGAGUAUUCUGGGGAAUGCCACUUGUGUGAAUACAUGGAAUAAUGCGGUUUGCUCAUCUUGCCUUUUAUUCAUCCACAGUGACUGUUGUGUUCUGGUCUGAAGCAGCAGAGUCUAUAAUUCUCUGAAAAGGCUGUCUCCAUUUUCUGGUUUACUUUAGAGAGUAUUUAUUCUUGUUGAAUUGUAUUUACUGUUUCAAAUAUACUUAUUCGUGAGGAUUAAGAGAACAAAAGAGAUAUCCUGCAAUAUUUCUUGUUGUAGGAUUGGAAAAAUCAUUCUGAUUUCAUGGGGGUUUUAUGCUACUUGAGGGCUGUUUUCCUCUACAGCUUGCGUAGUUUACAUGUGUCAGCAGCUAAUGUCGUUGUAAAAUGUCGUGGACGACGAGGUUGGUCCGUUUCGGAACGCAAAUGAUAUUUUUUUAGGAAUGGACGCUUGAAACAAAACGUGGAUUGGAACCCUGCUUUCCCUUUAACUUGUACCGCGGAAUAUUUGUUGUCAAAAAAGCCGAAAUUUAUAAUCUCCAAAUCUCACUAUUUGCCAAAUGCUCAAAUUAUACUCAAAUCCCGGGAUUUCAGGACCCCGUGGUCCCGGGCUUCGGACCUAGACCGUAGUCGGUAAUUGUUUACAACCAGCCUUGUAAAAGAAUCACGAUUGUUAUGACAAUAUCGAGAAAGUUUGAUUCACUCGAUUGACUUUGAUUUAUUUGAUCUAAAUCAACUUUUGAGGACGCAUUUCGUUUCGACUACGAACACCACUCCUGUGAAAAUCUGGGAAGUAAACCCUGACGACAGACUCUAAAAACAGCACUUCACCGCAUAGCACGCCGUACGCCGACCAUUUCCACGAAUGAUAGCGUUAUCGCUUUUGAUUCGAAAGUAGACCAGGGCGCGGCAAUUUGGAUAUAUGAUUGCCACAAAGAGGCAUACGCAUCCAUCUCUCUUCGGAUAACAAGCGAUAGUCCAAUAAUUCGUGGCGAUGGUUGCGCACAGCGUGCUCUGCGGUGAAGUUCUGUUUUUAGAGUGCAUAGACUGCACAUAAGUCGCUUAUGUAGUUGACGCGGAGCAGUAGAGGUGGAAAGAGACACGCUUAGAGUUCCACAGCGAAUAUCAAUCACCAUUGCUAAGCCGGAACAAAUGAAGUGCUACACAGCACUUGGAACAUUAGAAGCUAAUUUCCUUACAAAAUGUCAAGUGGUAUACAUGCAGUAACUCGAAGGCCUGGCCAGGCAUUUGAACGGCACAUUUCUAGCCAAUAUCGUGCAAUAGAGGUAGAAAGGCACUACGUAAUUAGAUAUUGCAGUGUAUUGGACACAUCAUUUUUUACUAGCGAGUUGUCACCGGUUAUAGGUUAUGAAGUGCAGGAUAUCCCUUUAAAGGAGCACUGAGGUGACCCCAAUUUCUUUUUCCGAUGCAGCGCGUUCGGCAAGGAAUAACAUGUGAUCAUGUUCUUAAUGGUGACACCUCACAGUGUUAUCAUAAUUUUGAUGUCUGACUACCUGAAUUGGACACGCUAUGCUUCAAUAAGUACCCCGUGCGCGUAGUACUUCAGGGGCCAUGGUUUCAGGCUCUUGGCGAGGAAUUGCCGCGGGACACCGCGCUAGCAGACAUGCUAAACUUGAAAAGAAGCCAAAUGUGCCAACGAUUAGGGACGCAUCCUGAUAGUUAGAGGUAGCUCCCAUUGCGGCCGUUAAAAAAAUACUUUUCUGGGGAAAAUGCGGCUCCAUCAACCAUGCUAUGCUGUAGGCUCCUCAAAUACCAAAGUGGUCCGGGGCUUUACUACCUCCACAGUCGUAACACGCCCUUAAGGCUCUUCCGCGCCAGAACAAGGUCGGACAUGCCACGAAAGACUUGACGCCUUUUGCUGAGAGCUAGGAAAUAAGGAUUAUAAAGGUGUCUAUCAUGCAAACUGUUCGAUCCAUGCGAAGGUCACGGUUACACAAGAGAAAGUUCCACCUCACCACCAAAGCUCAUCCACCUUUUCUGUUUUCUUUUAUGAUGUGAAAAUUUUUCUAAUUUCGGUUUGGUCGCCAGGUCAACAAUUUACGGUGAAACGAAAUUAUGCAGUAUUUCAUGACCAUUCCUGACGUGAUAAAUCUGUGAUUAAGCAACGAUUACCAAUCAACUGGCUAAAUCCAGAUAGCUUACACGUGUAAGGCUCUAGCUAACAGGUCACUGCAGCGGCUGACGCAUUCUGGCGGGUGCGUGCGAGAGAUACGGAAAUAUAGGGGUAGUGGACCUUGCCGGCAGUCUAUCUCUCGAACGCGUUAAACUAGUUUGUCGAUCGAGGUAUCUUUCGAAAGCGCUUGAGAAGUUCUACCCGGACCUUAAGCGAUGUCCGAUUCAACGAGAAGAACCAAUAUUAAGUAAAUUUGCAAAUUUGAAUAUCAAAUUUUCGCCAGAAUGCGGCGUAUAGAAAACUAAAAUAUGAUCACAGCCAAGGGAAACGGCAAUCUGAAGAAAGUGCGGUUCGAGAGAAACAAACAAAAAAGCCGAAAUUUCCCAGAGUCCAGCACCGAGCCAUCGAGAGAGCUGAGAGAGCGACGAAGAUGAGCGGUAGAGGCAAAUUCGGCAGCCGGUGCUCAUAGUGAGUCCCUACUCUCAAAUAAUAUAUCAGAAAACUAAUGGAAUGAAUAAAUAAAUAAACACUUGCAUUUCUUUCACUAAGAUCCCGCAAAGUAGUAAAGGAAUCGCAGAUUGUGACGUUUUCACGUAAAACACUACGGCUCCGACCAGACUGAGCCCACCCCAUUUUAUUUUAUUUUUUUACGUUUUCCGUUUCUGGCAAGUAGAAGCAAACACGUGAUGGUUAAUGCUCGUUGUGUGUAGAUAAUGAGUAACUGAAAAAUAAGAUAAAAAAUUAGAAGUACAAAUGUUCAAUGUACAUGGUAUUGCCCCUCUAGCUUGUCCCAUGUGGCUAACAGGAGUUUCAGAGCUGUGAAAAUGUCCAGAUACAUUGAUCAUCUUGCACUGCAGUCUGAACCGACUACACCACCUCACCAACUACACUCUUAGAAAAAAGGGUGGAACAGUUACACAUUUUAGGAGAUAAUGGUUAUCGCAUAUGUUGUGCCUAAAAGGUUGCACAGUUCCACUUGCUACUUACGAAUGAUAGGGCUACCGCUUUUGAUUCGGCGAGCGAGGGGGAGUAUGCCUUUUUGUUGCAAUUUGGAUGUAUGAUAAUUGCUUUUAUUACCGUUUUAGACCCUUAUGAGACACUAUGUUGACCUAGGUGGUAACUAUUUUCACACCCUUUUUUCUUGGAGUGUAGCCCAAGGCAAAUCACUGUUCAAGUUAUAUGGAAAAAGCUCAGCGUAGAAGUGUGAAAUUUUCAUUUAUUUUGCAUCGAGCAGCUAAUUGUCGGUACCUGUCGCUGCUGCUUAAUAAGAUGUGUUCUCAAUCUGUCUGUAUCAUGCUUAUGGCAUUCCAACUCGACGAUAUUGCGGAAAGCACGUUAUUGCCCCAUACGUUCAUUUAUUAAUCUAUUUGAUCUCGGUUGUCACGCGAUGCACACCCCCAAUAAUUAUUAUUAAUAAUAAUGUAUUUCUCUAUCCGUUCUUCCAGCAUCUGUAUGUAGAAAUUUCUGACGGUCUGUCGCUUAAAGAUUGCAUUGAUCACCACUGGAGAUAUUUGUGGUCCUGUAUAAUGUCACAAAAUUUUUCUGUCUGUUACAAAGUUGUCCAUUUUCAUUGUGUAUUUUGUACGGCAAAAGCUGGAAAAUAAAAUGAAGCCCGUGAAGCCGCAAUUGA